ACUUUCCUGUUGAGUGGACGUUUAAGAGCUAUGCGCACCUCGAGAUUUUCAGUACCCUUAGCCCGUCACAAGAACAAGCGAGACUCAGAAUAAUCCAACAUAAAUUGAAACUCCCCAGACUUUUACCAUCUAUGCCAUGCACACAUUUCCGAGAUGAGCAACCGUCAGAAUCCUAAACAAGUCAGCGAUGGUUAUGGACCAAUGUUCUCCCAGACGAAGAAUACAAGAGACGCAGGCAAGACCCCUCGCACUCCUUCACCCGAGCCAGUACCCAAAGGAGACGAUUUAAUCCAAUUGACGGGUGACUUCGACAAGAUUACAAUCUCCGACAACAAUCGACCUGGUAACAGUAGGCAAAGUGAUACCCAGGGCAGACCGCUGUAUGUUCCUGAUACCUGGCUGUUUGCGGGCAUCCCAGCAGAGGCCGAAGAGCGCUACAAUCAUAACGGACUUCCGCUCUGCCAAGGACUCGUCGCUUCGAAUGAGCUGUGUAAAAGAGAUGGCAUCAAUGAGAUGUUUGGUGUAGCAGGCGUCGAAUACUAUUGUCAUCAGCACGACCCACAGAAACGCCACAAACAGUGCCAUGCAUUCGUCAAAAGAGAAAAAGGAAAAGAAAGAAGGCGGUGCAAAAUGAUUUGCUCGGAUUCAGAACUCCGUGAUGGGGGCCGCUUUAUUUGCAACAGGCAUUUCAACUUCGGUGCAGUACUCAUCGCUAUAUAGAGUGAAUAAAAUAUCUACCUUAGCAAAGCGCUCAUUUUGAAAUCCCCGACUUUCUGCUAACACCGGGAAAGGUAGAUCUCAGGAAGAUGGGAUAACGGGCCAGUCGAUAUAUGAUCGAGUGACAGAAUGAUUCCAAAUCAUGUAUGCUGGGUAUUACGGAGGUCAAGCAAGCAAAAGCGUUUGUUGACGGUUUCCCGCAGAAUGUGAUCCAGCUGGAUGCGGCCUUGAGGAGCCGUGAUAUACCGGAAUCUCGGGACAAAGU